CGUGUAUUUUUUAACUUGUGAUGUCAGGUAGAAUUAUUAAUCGUGAGAAAACAGCUUGUGAUAGGAAAUCAGCAUCGAUGGGAACGGAAGAACACUACAUUGUUCUUAAUCUUAAUUAAAUGUCGGAAAUAAUUUGCUGAAUUUAAAAAUCAAAGCAAUCUAAAAUGUUCUUCCGAAGAAACAAGAAAAUUGCCCUCGCUCUCUUAAUUCUUGUCAACUUUUCUGCUGCAAUAAGGAAAUACGAUAAAAGUGAUCUGGAUGGCUUCAAAGAGGAAGCCCGUCAAAUGUUUCAGCACGCAUAUGAAGGCUAUUUAAUACAUGCUUAUCCAUAUGACGAACUGAGGCCCUUGAGCUGUGAUGGAAUUGAUACCUGGGGAAGUUAUUCCCUCACGUUAAUCGACGCGUUGGACACUUUGGCUGUAAUUGGAAACUACACAGAGUUCAGGCGAGUGGCGGAGCUUUUGGCCACAAAAGUCAAUUUCGACGGGAACAUAAACGUGUCUGUCUUUGAAACAAACAUUCGAAUCGUGGGGGGACUCCUGAGCGCGCAUCUUAUGUCGCACAGGGCUGGAGUCGAUUUGGAGCCUGGCUGGCCUUGCAACGGUCCUUUGCUCCGGCUGGCCGAGGACGUGGCCAAACGGCUCAUCGCCGCCUUCGACACUCCAACCGGAAUGCCUUAUGGAACAGUCAAUUUGAGGCACGGAGUUCCAGAGGGAGAAACACCCAUCACGUGCACAGCUGGUGUCGGAACGUUCAUCGUUGAAUUUGGCGCCCUGUCCAGACUCACUGGCGAUCCGCUUUAUGAAGAGGUUGCUAUGAAGGCGAUGAACGCUCUCUACCACCACAGAUCAAAUAUCGGUCUUCUGGGGAACCACAUUGACGUCCUCACCGGCAGAUGGACAGCUCAAGAUGCUGGGAUUGGCGCUGGAGUUGAUUCGUACUACGAGUACCUGGUGAAGGGAUCAGCGCUUUUCCAGAAACCCGAAUUACUCAGGGUGUUUAUCGAGGCGCGGACAGCUAUUGAUAAAUAUCUCAAGAGGGACGACUGGCACCUUUGGGUUUCCAUGCACAAAGGACAAGUCACUUUGCCGGUUUUCCAGAGUCUUGAGGCUUACUGGCCUGGACUAUUGAGCCUAGUUGGUGAUAUUAACAGUGGAAUGAGAUCACUGCACAAUUAUCACCAAGUUUGGAAACAGUACGGAUUCACGCCGGAAUUCUACAACAUUCCACAGGGAGAGGCAGGCACCAACCGCGAGUCCUAUCCUCUGCGGCCAGAGCUGAUCGAAUCAGUGAUGUAUUUGUACAGAGCAACCAAAGAUCCAUUCCUCUUGGAUGUCGGAGUGGACAUUUUACGAAGCAUUCAGCACAGCUCGAAAACAAGCUGUGGAUAUGCAACGAUUAAAGACGUGAGGGACCAUCGAAGGGAAGAUCGGAUGGAAUCCUUCUUCCUAGCUGAGACUACAAAGUACCUGUACUUGCUCUUUGACACCGAUAAUUUCAUUCACAACAACGGCGGCCAGGGCAAAAUCAUCAACACGCCUUGGGGAGAGUGCACCAUUGAAACUGGAAACUAUAUUUUUAACACAGAGGCUCACCCAAUCGACCCUGGCGCCCUGCAGUGCUGCAGCGGCCAGAGGGACAUGGACAUCAAGGCCCACGUUGAGUCGCAGUUGCUGGCCAGUUUGGACCCUGAAGUGUUCAGCAGCCUGCGAGGCGAGCGCCUUCCAAAACGAACAACACGCCCUGUGCAGAAGGCCAAAAACAGCGCCAAGCAAUUUUACAUUCCAACAGCACCUCCGGCGACCAGUCCCACCGUGAAGAAGCAAGAGAGCACGACGGCCGAAUUCGCACCAAAGGAGCAACAAGAGCUGAAGGUGGAGGACUCGUUGGUGGUCACCUCGACCCUGAAGCCCACCAAUCAAAGUGGUCACCCAGACGGCGACGUGUCUGGCGUAGGCACGGUCGAACUUGUCCGCCGGACCAAGAAGGAAAUCCUGGACGUGGACACGAGCACGCCUCCUGCCAUUUCCCCUCCGCCCUCGGAUGCUCGGCCCAGCUUUUCUGGCAACGAGCAGAAAGGAAACUCGGCCUAUCAGAAUGACCGCGAACUGCUGGACAUGACGACCGAAAGCUCAGCAGCGGUUGAGGGCGGAUUCACCCUUCCGACUUUUGUAAAGCAAUUUUUGUCCUCGAAACAGUUCGAUCCGCAGGCCAUGCUAGAGAGACUGCGAGCCAACAAGCGAUACGACUUGAACUCGACCUGGAGCAUCGACUACCAACUGCUUUACUGCCCCGCCCAACCCUUCUUGCAAAGAAUAUCUGUCAUCGGCGAGUUCUACGAAACCCUGUCUUAAUAUAACAAAAUAAUCUCGUGUUGCUUUUAUAUUUUGUUAAUUCCACAAGGCUGUGUUGCACUUUUGUUUGGUCGCUAGAAUAAAGUCACGUGCGUUAACUCAA